AUGAUCCGCAAGUCAGACCUGGAGAACCACAACAAAGACGGCGGACUGUGGGUGGUGAUUCACGGGAAGGUCUACAGCGUGCAGUCUUUUAUAGCCCAGGCGCCGUGCGGGGCUGAAACCAUUCAGGAAUGGGCAGGUAAUUCUAAAAUCUAAAAUAAACCAAUUACACCUCAUUUAACACUGCAUACUCUGCUUCUACUAUCAUUAUCAUUCCAACUUUUAUCUAGCUUAAUCACAUUUUUACUUUUGUGUACAAUUUCUCUGUAAAACACAUUUUUUCUACAUUAUAGCUCUGAUACAUGGAAAUUCUCUGGUUUUGAGGUUGGAAAUAUUAAAAAUUAUUGUUAAAAAUCUACAUUUCACAUACUGCUACACAGUUUGUGUAUAGAUGUUUGGAUUGCUUCACCUAGCGCUAUAAAAAGGUUGUACUAUUGUAUAACAAGCCACUUAUGCCAUUCUAAAAUAUUUUCAAGGGCGAGAUGCAUCUGCUGCUUUUGAGGCUGCCCACCACUCAGAGGAAGCAAGGGAGAUUAUGAAUUGUUUAUGCGUUGGACAGUACAUUGAUGUACGUACCAUAGGCAUUAGUGUUUAUUUAUUGCCUUUGUUAGGACAAUUACGCUGAUAUUUUGUUAGGACAAUUACGUUGAUAUUUUGUUAGGACAAUUACGCUGAUAUUUUGUUAGGACAAUUACGUUGAUAUUUUGUUAGGACAAUUACGCUGAUAUUUUGUAAGGACAAUUACGUUGAUAUUUUGUUAGGACAAUUACGCUGAUAUUUUGUUAGGACAAUUACGUUGAUAUUUUGUUAGGACAAUUACGCUGAUAUUUUGUUAGGACUAAUACACUAUUUACUAGACCAUUGCUCUUGUUAGAGCUUGACCUGAGAAGUCUGAGUUUUAAAGUUUGUAGUAAUUUUUUUUUUGGCAAUCUGAUCUAUUGGGGGCUGACAUAAUGCCACAUGGUGAGACUGAAAUUUUACAAAUAUAAGUGUUUAUAUAAUUAAAUAAGAAAUUACUGGACUUGACCAAGAAUACUUCAGGGGGCCCCCCCUGUAUGAAAUAUCCCAGUCAGGGGCCCCCUGCCGUAUGAAAUAUCCCAGUCAGGAUCCCCCUGCUGUAUGAAAUAUCCCAGCCUUUAGUUUCUGUAGCACAUGCUCUUUCAAUGUGAUCCUUGCCAACAUUUGUGUGUUUGAUCUAAUUCAGCCUGAGAAAGAUGUUGUACAGAGUCCUGGCAGUGGUUCCAUGUCCUCUCCACUGAUAGACACAGAAAGGACACUUGCUGUCCUACUGGGACUUAAUGCAGCUGAGCAGGUAAUGAACAGAACAGUGUCAUUCCUAGAGGGCUUGAUCCUUUAUAGGGAUUAUAUCAAACAGCGCUAGCUACCAAUGUUUUGUGUCAUUCCUAGAGGACUUGAUCCUUUAUAAGGUUUAUAUCAAACAGCGCUAGCUACCAAUGUUUUGUGUCAUUCCUAGAGGACUUGAUCCUUUAUAGGGUUUAUAUCAAACAGCGCUAGCUACCAAUGUUUUUGUCUAUGAGUAAAGUCUUUAAGAAACUUUUUCUAUGUGACUCUCAUCAUUAUUUUUGUCUGUACAAUUGGGCGGUUUGAGCCUUUUAACAAUGACCUAAAUACUGGGUACCGUGUCAGACUUUAUUUAAUGUGCUCUUUGACUGUGACAGGUACGCAGUACACCUCUGUCCCUGGAUGAGCUGGAGAGUAAACAGUGGCUCCAAGCCGAGUUCUUCAGUGGAGGGCUGCAGCUGUUAAACCAAGGAGGAUUCGAUGAGGAGAAGGGGGAGAGCCGAAGUGCCAGCAGCUGUAACACGCCAGGUGAGAGGAUGACACAUGGAGAAACGUUUAUUCCACGCAUUACUGUGUGCUGUGUUUUCCUGUUUGUUCAUGAGAAUAUUCUUGUGCUUUCCUGUUUGUUCAUGAGAAUAUUCAUGUGCUUUCCUGUUUGUUCAUGAGAAUAUUCUUGUGCUUUCCUGUUUGUUCAUGAGAAUAUUCUUGUGCUUUCCUGUUUGCUUUGCUUUAGAAAUUUUCCUGAUACAAAGAAACUCUGGACCUUUCAAUCUUUGAUGAAACUUAAUGAUUUUCAAUGGUUUUUUAAUAACUAUAUAUAAAUUACUAUCAGCUACAUUUACCUAAACAUUGUCUGGCCUGAAAAUAUUAUUUAAGAUCUUUGGGUACAGAAUAAAAUGUCAUUAAAUUUACUUCACUUGCUCAUAAAAGAUGUAAUGAAGCUAAUCAAAUCAAUACAUUGUAAGCCAAGUGAGGGUCAAAAUGAACUAAAGCCUUAACGUCCAUUGAUUGUCAUCACAGGAGGAGACCAGGGCAAGACAAAAGUUUUGAGUUGUCUAAUGCAAGAGUCAUGCAGUUUACUUUCUUCACCAGGUGCCACGCCAACCUCAGAGCACUGUAACGUGCCCCAGCAUGCAGUGGACAAGGAAAGACGUUUUCACGCCGAGCAGGACAGCACAGACACGGCCAGACCUUUCCUCCAUGCCCUGGCCGAGUCCAGAAUUCAAGAUCCAACUGUCAAGGUCAUUUCUAUAAUCCUUUUAUUUUUGUAAGAAAAAACUCAGACAUUUGAUGAUGUGUUGGUCUAAUAUCAAUAAUGGCAAUCUGGAAUAACAGGAAUAAAGGUGCCAUCAAUACUGUCCGUUGCCAAAUAAUUUCAAAGCAUUAUUUAUAGUUAUUCAAAUUCCAGGAACUGACCAAGUUAGUGUGGGCUUCUUCUAGAUAUACUGAAUUGUAAUUAACAUUGUUCAUGUGUUUUCUCUUGAGAUGCCAUAAACACAAAUAACAACAAUGACGGUGAUCCAUCUGCUUUGGGCCAGCUCUGAGUGUGUCCCAUUUCCCUGGCUGCAUGUUGAUGAUUUCUCUGUCUCGUCCUCAGAUGUUCCUGGCUCUAGUGGACAAGUACUGCAGGACCCACCACCUUCUCUUUCCAUUUGAUUUCCCAUCAGACCAUCCAGUGGAGGAGGUUGGAAGGUGGAUAGUUUUUUUAGUUUAUCUUACUAUUGGACUCUUACCAUUUGUGAUGGACUAAAACUAGUUGUGUACUUGUUUUAAACAUACAGAUAAACCAGAGGGUAAAAUUUAAAGUUAUUUUUUGAGACCUUCUCUGCCUACAAUUGGUUCAAGAGUCAAUUUUUUUAUACUCAUGCAGCUUAUUUAGGUAUAUUCUGAUACAGCUUUGAUAAGGUAUAUACUGAUACAGCUUUGAUAAGGUAUAUAUACUGAUACAGCUGUUUCGCCCCCGGUUCUUACCAGGGUUGGUUAGCUUCGUUUGUCUACAGGUUAUAGUAGUAACUUCACAAACCAAUGGCUCAUAGAAUAAAGUAGCUUUAUUAACACAACCAAACUACAUCAUCAACUGCCAUUACUCAAACACAACAAAUUACACAACGAUAUUUCAUUUCCCCUUACGCACAAUGCGUCACAAAAUACCAAACAUUUAAUAGCAACAUCUACCCAAAUACUCCCCAAACAACAAGCAAUCACAAUAUACAUUGAACUCCUUAACAACAGCUUUGUUAGGUAUAUUGAUACAGCUUUGAUAGGGUAUAUAUUGAUAUAGCUUAGGUAUAUAUUGACACAGCUUUGAUAGGGUAUAUAUUGAUACAGCUUUGAUAGGGUAUAUAUUGAUACAGCUUUGAUAGGGUAUAUAUUGAUGCAACUUUGGUAUAUAUUGAUACAGCUUUGAUAGGGUAUAUAUUGAUGCAACUUAGGUAUAUAUUGAUACAGCUUAGGUAUAUAUUGAUGCAGCUUAGGUACAUAUUGAUACAGCUUAGGUAUAUAUUGAUGCAGCUUAGUUAUAUAUUGAUGCAGCUUAGGUAUAUAUUGAUGCAGCUUAGGUAUAUAUUGAUGCAGCUUAGGUAUAUAUUGAUGCAGCUUAGGUAUAUAUUGAUACAGCUUUGAUAGGGUAUAUAUUGAUGCAGCUUAGGUAUAUAUUGAUGCAGCUUAGGUAUAUAUUGAUGCAGCUUAGGUAUAUAUUGAUGCAGCUUAGUAUAUAUUGAUACAGCUUUGUUAGGUAUAUACUGAUACAGCUUAGUUAGGUAUAUAUUGAUACAGCUUAGUUAGGUAUAUAUUCAUACAGCUUAGUUAGGUUUAUACUAAUACAGCUUUGAUAGGGUAUACACUGAUAAAGCUUAGAUUGGGUAUAAACUAAUACAGCUUUGAUAGGGUAUACACUGAUAAAGCUUAGAUUGGGUAUAUAUUCACAAUGUUUUUGUCUUGAAGCUUAGAUAGGGUAUAUACUAGUACAGCUUAGAUAGUGUGUAUGUGAAUGUCUAAAAGGUAAAGAAAAUGAUCACAUGUUUAUACCAUAGUCUACUAAAGCACUGUCUAAAAAAGUUUGCAUAUAAUGUGUCUGGGGAUGAAAUUAUGUGUACAGAAACAGUGGGGGUUGGAGUAACUGUAUGAUUUGAUUUUCACAACUUAAAUAUUUGACAUUUUGAAAUGUAGUAUUUAUUAUCUUUAGAGCCGUAAAGAAUCUCAAAACCAUUGUGCUCAUUUAAAAUCUAAAUUAAAUUUCCUUAAAAAUUGCCAAGAUUAUUAAAUGAGUCAUAUAUUUCUGUUUCAGGCUGUUAAUGGCAGUAUUAUUGAAACACUGUGAUCUUGGCUAUGUGGUGCUCAGUAUGGUGGAACACGGACAAGGAGAGCACGGGUCCAAGCUGACAAUGCCCAAAUCUAUGGCAGAACUAUGUCGAGUUGUCUGCCAGACCAAACGGUCGCUCAUAAAGGUAAACUGUUGGACAUGAACAUCUGUCAGGGCAUUAGUUGAUGAAAUACAGUAGUAUCUAGCUAUUUACAGUCCUAUAAUACUACAGUCUGUUCUAUCUGAAAUAGCUAUCAAUAUGCAGUACAAUAAUGCUACAGUCUGCUCUAACUGAAGUAGCUAUCCAUAUGCAGUCAAAUAAUGCUACAGUCUGUUCUAACUGAAGUAGCUAUCAAUAUGCUGUCCAGUAAUGCUACACUUUGUUCUAACUGAAGUAGCUAUCAAUAUGCAGUCCCAUAAUGCUACAUCUGUACUAAAUGAAUUAGCUAUCAAUAUGCACUCCAAUAAUACUGUAGUCACAUAAUGGACUAAGGAUGACUAUUGGAAUAGCUUGUAUCUGCAAAUAGCUUGUAUUUUCCCUGUAUUUUUUAAGAUUUGGGGUUAGCUUAACGUUAUGCAAUGAUUUCUAUUUGUAUUAAAUGUCUGAUCUGGACUGAAAAUUUGUUAAAAAUAUAUGUAUCGGAUUUAAGAUGUGAUGAGGGAAAGGCAUUUGUAAGUUAGAAUGAAACUUGCACCAUGUGCUGUGUAAUGACCUGUUGAGUCUGUAAGUUAGAAUGAAACUUGCACCAUGUGCUGUGUAAUGACCUGUUGAGUCUGUAAGUUAGAAUGAAACUUGCACCAUGUGCUGUAUAAUGACCCGUUGAGUCUGUAAGUUAGAAUGAAACUUACUAUGUAAUUACCUGCUGAGUCUGAAGCCCAUCACCAUCUUGUCCCUGUCAGGCUCACCAAGACCAAGGCAGAUCCUACAAGGAAGUGUGCGCCCCUGUCAUAGAACGCUGUCUCUUCUUGUUCAAUGAGCUCAGACCCGCAGCUGGGGACGAGAUCAACAUGUUUACCAGGUCCAAGCUACUCAAGUCUGUUCCCAGGUGGAGAGAGGUCAUAGCCAGGAUUGUGGAAGACAAGAAGAAAUCCAAGAGUAAGUCACAACACAGAAUGAAAAGAAGCCUUUAAACACCUGUAUCUUAAGUCAUACCUGUUUUUAAACACCUGUAUCUUAAGUCAUACCUAUUUUUAAACAUCUGUAUCUUAAGUCAUACCUGUUUUUAAACACCUGUAUCUUAAAUCAUACCUGUUUCUAAAGACAUGUAUCUUGAGUCAUACUUGUUUUUAAACACAUGAAGUUAAAAGUGAACUAUUUUAGUGAAGCUAUUGUUUUAUUGAUGCAGUUCUUUGCAUGCAGGUGUUUGUAAAUAUUAUGUGUUGUGUUUAAUGUUUUAGGCACCGGGGGUCUAAUUAAUUAAUUUCUUGUUUGUGUAUUUGUAUAUCUGUGGACAAGAAUGUAUUUUUAAAAAUAAUCGCAAUGCUUUCAGACAUUAUCCUUCUUGAAACUUUUUGUCUCAGGUGAAACCGUGAGCCAAGACAAUAACGCUAAUGACACUGAUGAUGACGACAAGGACACAGAAGAUGCAGACUCACUGCUGGGGGAGGCGGUGGGAGGGGAGGAUGACGGGAAGGACAAUGAGGAAAAAGAGGGUCUCUCUCAGGGGAAGGAGGUCAAGGAAGAUGACGAGGGAGAAGAAAAUGAUGAAAAGGAUAAAAGAAAUGUGUCACCAGACGGCGACAGCUCUGGUGCCGGGGAGAUCUUGGCACUGGACGACAUCAAAGUGGAGGAGAAAGACACCAACUUUAAUGAGCAGGGUUUGAGCAAUGACAGAAGAAAUGACACACAUGAAGGGAAAACACCCAGAGAUAAGGCUGUGAGUGGCUUG